CCGCCAUGGCCAUGGUGCCCUGUUCCACCCACAGAGACAUCUUCGUGCCGCUCCUCUCGUGUGUCCGGCGCUGAGAAGAGUCGUGCUGCGGGAGAGUUCAACGAUGAGGCGCCAACACGGUGUCGGAGGUGAGAUCCAUGGCCAAGAAGCCUAGAUCCCUCGCUGUCAGUUUUGCUAUUUGCCAGCAGGGGCAGAGCGAACAUGAGAUCCACGUCUCCUCCUGUGGUUCAAAGCCUGCACCGGACGGCGUCGAUGAUGACUGCAAGAGCACGCGCCAUUUCGUUUCCUUUUCCCUAUCUGAAGGAGAAAGAAGACGGCGCACAAUGCCUCUGCUCCAAAGUGGGUGCCACAGAAGCAGAAGGGAACACACGGUUCACCUCUGUGUUCCCCAUUUCACCUGCCGAUCUGGAACAUUUGAUGAUACAUUGUGUUGCUGGAACUUGACAUUCUGCUGCUGCAACUUGAUGAACUAUGCUACUGCAACUUCAUACAUGGCUGCUGCUGCUGCUGCAACUUCAUGCAAUUUUGGAAACCUGUAAUUUGUAGGUGGCUUAUGUGCCAUGGUGCAUUGCACGAUGUGGUGCUUUAUGUAACUUUGUAUCUCAUCUUAUGAGAAUAAACUUGAGAUCUUAUGUGCU